CGGUUUGUAGGCAAAUGAAGUGUUUGUAGAAACGCCUGAAUGAAUAUUGGGCUCUUUGCUCGAUUUUCUUCUUUUCCUCCCCCCCGGAACUUGUGCAUCCAUGGCUGUAGUUCCAAUAUGCUACAACAUGUGCUACAAGGACCAAUGUCUUUUAAAUUCAAAUGGUAUAGGAAAGAAUGACAAGGGCUUUAUGUGGAGCUUUACAACUGUCAAGGAGGAUUAUGGUGGUUUCUCUACAAUUUCUGGGCGAUCGAGCAGAAGAGGAUUAUUGAGUGAGUCUGCUGGUGUUCCGCUAAAAGUUAGUCUGAGAAAAGGUGCAAGACUUUCUCAAGGCAUGAUUUGUAACAGACGAUUUGAUCCUUUCAAUACUGCAGCUGAGUUAUCUGUCCCACCUACAAUGCACAAGUUAGUAUGCCAUCUAGGAUCCAGCUCCAGUAAUGGUGCGCAGCAAGGGAAAUUUCACGUGGUAUGCCAUGCAUACAAGUCAAGUUUAAAUGAGAAGCAACUGGAGUCACUAGAUACUUAUUUGGGAAAACUCAAAGAAGAUGCUGAUCAACCUUCUUCAGUUUUUGUAAAAAAGAGGGAAGAGCUUAGUCCAGUCAAAGCAAAAAGGGUUCUAGGUACUCUAGAAGAUUAUCUUGGCAAGGUCAAGAAAGAUGAGAAGUCAGAAACCUAUACACCAUCUACUUCUGAUGGCAAAACUUCUGAAGCGACACCAUAUUCUGUGCGGGUAGAUAAUGAAAGAGAUGGGUGGAAGAAACUUAAAAGCUAUAUGAAGUUAAAAAAUAAGGGUGGUGAGGGUGGUCCAAAGAGCGCAUACAAUGAAACCUCUGAUCUUUACUUGAUAGGUAUAAUGGUUUCCAUAAACAUUGCAGUUUUCCUGUUCGAACUAGCAAGUCCAAUUCACAACUCUGACUUAGAGGUCUUUUCAGUCCCGUUGGUUUAUGGAGCAAAGAUCAAUCACUUGAUUCUACUUGGAGAAUGGUGGAGGCUAGUAACGCCAAUGUUUCUGCACUCAGGAAUCUUUCACAUUGCCCUUGGUUGCUGGAUGCUUCUUACUUUUGGGCCUCGAGUUUGCAGAGCAUAUGGAUCCUUUACCUUUUUCUUGUUAUAUAUCCUUGGAGGAAUUUCUGGUAACUUGACCAGCUUUCUUCAUAUACCAGACCCAACUGUGGGUGGGACGGGACCGGCAUUUGCUAUAAUGGGAGCUUUCCUUAUUUAUCAAAUUCAAAACAAGGAUGUCAUUCCACAGGAUGAUUUUGAUAACAUGAUUCAGAAAGCAAUAAUUGCUACUGCCCUCAGCUGCUUAUUGAGCAAUUUUGGUCCAAUUGAUGACUGGACACAUUAUGGUGCAGCUUUCACUGGUAUAGUUUAUGGAUAUCUGACCACCCCAAUGCUGCAAAUGGAUGAUAGAUCUUCAAAAAGUGGCCAAGAAGAAGGAAUUACACUCGUCAGACGCAAUGUCAAUCCUUGUAAGUCGCUUGUGGUAUUCUCCCUCUUUGUUCUGGUGUUAAGCUCUUUACUGUUCGUCGUCGAACCUCCCCUCAAUUCACUGCCAGUGGGAAGGUUUUUGUAAGUUUUCGUCGCGAGCAUAGAUUUGAUCAUCUUUGAGCAACUUGUAUAAAUGAGAGCAGAGUGGAGGACUAUAUAAUGAAUAAAGGCACAAUUAUUCUAUUCUAUUAAACUUUGGUUUGGUGACAGAAA